UUCCAUUUUGCACGAACGCAAGAUGGCUGCCAAUUUAUGUGAAUGCAAGGACAAGUAGUUUAGUGAUAUUUUCAACUAGUGUGAUAAUACACUACAAAUGUGAUUUUAGCGUUAUAAAUAUAUUACUAAUAUAGUGUUAACGCUCAGUUAAUGUUUUCGUGCAAUUUUUUAUAAGUUAUAUUUGUUAAAUCGUGUGUGCAAUAUUGCGUUGGAUUUGUGGCAUUUAUAAUGUUCUGUGUUGAUUCGUGAUUAUUUAUGCAGUGACAGCCCUUUUGGGCUGAUAUGAUGCUUAUUAUUGGAUGAUACAGGGAGUUCCACCACCGAGGAUGGAGAAGGCGAAGGCGUACAUAAAGAGCUCGCUAAGCGCGUCGCGGCCGGCGUCCCCGCGCGACAAGCCCACGGCGCCCGCUGAGGACGCCCGCGUGUGCUUCGUGUGCGGCGGCGCCGGCUUCAACGACCAGUAUACCGUCAGAGUGAAGCCCGACCCUCAGAGUACCGAGCCAUACUUCCCAUUCCUCGGCGCCCACGCGCCUCCGACCGGCUACCGGAGCGAGAGCACCGACGAGGAGGGCACCGUGCGCUGCUGCUGUGUCUGCUACACCUUCCUGCGUCAGCAAUGGGAGCAGUACGACCGCGAGAACAAGCCGCACAGCCAGCGCUUCUACUGGAUGAAGAGGCUCGACGGGAAACCGUUCAUCGGUGCGGACAUGUCCUUCCAGGGCGAGUACGCGGCGUCCGUGCUAGGGCUGGGCGGGGACGCAGCUCGCGAAGAACCGGCGGCGUCCCCGCGACCCGCGUCUCGGGCGCUCUACCCUCCCGAUGCUCCCGCGCCUCCGCCCGUACCCGCGCAUCGCCCGGACAACGCGGACCCCAAGUUUAACAACAACCAACGGUUUCCCGCCAACAACGCGACGACGAACGGCACGACGGAGGAGGAGGGCGUGCUGGACCUGCGCGCGCGCGACCCGUCCGUCAUCUCCGUCGGCUCGCAGCACUCCGGCGCCUCCGAGACCGCGGGCUACCUCGACGCCGUGCGAUCGACCGUUUCCGUGUACUCGGGCAACUCCAACUCCAGCUCCGACCGCGACAUCCUCGACCUGUCGAUGCCGGACAAGAACUCCAUAACGGAGGUGUGCUACGUGUGCGGCGACGAGUACAAGCGCGGGACGCUCUGUAAUCUACACACUAAGGAGCCGAAAGACAAAAACAACAAGCAGCCGUACUUCCCGAUCUUCGGCGAGCAGCACCCGCGGCCGCCGCGCUCGCGGCCCAAGGACGCGCUCGGCACCGUGCGCGCCUGCGCCGCCUGCCACCACCACCUGCUGCAGCAGUGGAGCGGCUACCAGAUGCGCGGCGUCGCGGCGAACGAGCGAGUGUACACCCUCCGCACCCGCCCCCCGUCCCUCCUCCCGCCCUCCCCGCUCAGCCUCGCCAGCUCCGGCGACAAGUCGCUCGUCGCCAACACGCACUCCCCCUCGCUCGAGCGCCCCGCCAGCCAACCCGCCACCACUGCCUCCUUCGUCUGCUACGUGUGUGGCGUCUCCGCCCCGUCGUCGCAGCUGAGAUUGGUGUACUGCUGCGCGAACCCGGAGCGGGAGCCGUACUACCCGUUUAUAACGUCGCUGAAGCCGCACCCUGAAGCCAGUCCUAUUAGUCCACAAGGUAUGGUGCAAAUCUGUGCGUCGUGUUACAAAAGCAUCCCCCACAAAUACCCCUCGUACGGCGAGCCGGAGCCGCUCACCAACGCGAACCACGCGCACAAUAACAACAAUGCGCACGCCAACAACAUUAGGUUUAAGCCGUACGACAUGAAAUCGUCAAGCGCGACGAAGCGGCCCGUUGCGCUGCCGCCGUCACCACACAGCCAACUGGUCGCCGGCGAGAAUGGCAUGGGGCUAUAUAGGUGUUACGUGUGCUGUGGACUGUUUCCGCAGCAGUCCAUGGAGUGGCUGUCGACGACGGCGGAGUACAUGAACUCGCACGCGAUGCACUUCCCGUGCCUGGCCGGCGCCGGGGCGGGCGCGCGCGGCGGCCGCGUGCUGGCGUGCUCGCGCUGCGUGCGCCACCUGGCGCGCCAGUGGGAGCUCAUGGACGCGGAGCGGGUGCCGCUGGAGCACCGGAGGUACAACAUCCCGUCGCCGCUACCAAGCAAUUCGUCGUUGAACGGCGAGCGAGUCAUCCCCACCCCACCUUCUACUACCUCUGACAGAACCGUUGCUAGUAAUACGUGUACGUCGAUAUACUGUUUCCUAUGCGGGCUGCACUCGGACUUCACGCUGGCGCGGAUACUGUACGGGCAGCCGCAGGGCAACGCGCCCUACUUCCCCUGCCUCCUCACACACCAGAGUCUACCAAAUGCAGAGCAACUGCGGGAAAACGGGUCGGCGCUAGUAUGCACAUUCUGUUAUCACUCGCUACUUAGUCAAUGGAGAAGGUACGAGGCGCUGGGCGGCGUGGGCGCGGAGCGGCGCGCGUACAACACGCACGACUACCACUGCCACCUGUGCGGCAUCAAGACCUACCGGAAGCGCGUGCGCGCCUUACCCAUUAAGGAAUUCCCAUUUUUAAUGCAAAGGCGGACUGAAAAUUCAUUAUUAUUAGAAAACGGUGACUAUGCCGUUGUAUGUUUAGACUGUUAUGAAAGUUUAAGAACACAAGCGCAAGACUACGAGCGGCGGGGCGUGCCGGUGGACAAGCGCGAGUACAACUGGCUGCAGCAGCCGCCGCCGCCCGAGGACAGCGCCGACGUCACCAUCGCCAGGCUGCCCUCCGGCGACCGCUCCGACAAGCUGAUGUCGCAUCAGUCGCUGGUGGUGUCGCGCGGCGCCAAGCGCAACAGCCCCAAGCAGCCCGCGCCGCCGCCCGACCGCCGCCCGCCGCCCAAACCCGACAAGGACCAAGGUGGCAGCGCGAACAAAAUAGCGAAGCGUACAGAGCUAACGCCCAACAAGGGCGGGCCGUUCGCGGCCGCGCUCCGCACGCUCGCCAAGAACGCCGGGCCCGACUCCAAGGACGGCUCGGCCGAGCGCGAGAAGGAAAAGCCGCCGCCCGCGGCGCCCGCCAAGCGCGCCUCCCCACACCACCUCCCCUCCAGCGGGUUCCAGCCUUACAGGCCUGAUGACCGGCUGGCGCACCCGGCGGCGGCGUCCUUCCCGCUGCUGGAGCCCGCGGCCUACGCGCCGUACGCGCACCCCGGGCUGUACUCCAGCGCCGCGCUUCAGUACAGACUAGCAGCAGAAGAACAAAUGUACCUGGAGCGGGUGUUCCGCGGCGGCGUGGGCGUGGGCUGGCUCCCGCCCUACGCGCUGUACCCGCCCAUCGCGCCGCACCUGCCGCUCGUGCCGCCCGCGCCGCACACGCCGCACGCCGCGCACGCGCCGCACGCGCCGCACACGCCGCACGCCCCGCACGCGCCGCCCGCGCAUCAUCUGCACGACGAGCGCGAGCGGGAGCGAGAUCUACAGCUACAGAGGGAAAGGGAAAGAGAACGAGAACGGGAAAGAGAACGCGAGCAGCGGGAAAAAGAACAAAGAGAGCGCGAGCGACUACAACGGGAGAAGGAGAGCCGAGCGCGAGAAGCGUUACGAGACGAGCAGAGACUCGCGGCGCUACACCCGCACCACCACCUGCUGCCGCCGCCGGUGUACUCGCUGCCGCGCGCGCUGCUGCCGCCGCCGCUGCUCUACCGCCCCUACCGGCCCUACCCCGCGCCCUACGAGCCGCGCGCGCCGCCCGACGCCAAGCCCGCCUCGCCCGCGCCGGCCGUGCCCCCCGCGCCGGCCGUGCCCCCCGCCCUGCCCCCCGCCGAGCCCCCCGCGCCGCCCGACCAGGACAAAGGUGAGGAGCUGCCCGCUCCCGCGCCCGCGCCCGCGCCCGCCGCCGCGUACAGAUUUCAUUGCAAUUUUUUGAUACAAGUCUAUUUUUUUUCUACAGGUAGACCGAGCCACCCCGUCGUGACACCCCCGCCCGACCCCUCGCACAUACCCCCUGAGCCACCUCCUAAACCAACAGAAUCCUACAAACAAGACGACAUUUUUUUAGAAAAACCCUUCCUUCCAUCGAAGCCUAUUUCUCACUCACCAAAAAUAUCCCCAUCGUCUAUUCCAAACCCCAGCCCGAGCGUAACCACGAACAAACAAGUGGAACCAGGAUACCCUAGCUACGGAGGAUACCUUUAUUCCAUUCCGGGGUAUUCUGCUUUCCAACCCGUCUCCUACCAAGGUAUAAUGCCACCAAACCAGCAUGCACCUCAAGCCCCGGCCGACUUUUCCUUCCCACCAACUACUAAAGAAACCGUCGAGGAAAAGAACGAAGCAAAACCUGAUGAACCAGCAAAAGUAGACACUCCAAAGGAACAAGAUUUUGAAGAACAUUUCACACCUGAAAUUAUACCUGCUGCGUCCAUUUCUGAUCCCAAACCUCAAUCAGUUGAGUCUAAAAUGAGCAUUACUUCACUAUCGCAGGGAUCUGGAGCAACGGUAACCAUUCCUUCGCACGCGAACACUAAAGAUGCAAAAAAGAAAACCCCAGAAAGAUUCAGCCUUAAAACUAGCAUACCUAUCAGUAAAAUUGACAUGAAAUGUGUUAGUAAUCCUCCAGACGCGAUAUACCAAAAUGCUAUCAGUAAAAAAAUUCAAGCACCAUUCAAUCCAGCUUUUCAAAAUCCAAAAGACAAUAGACUUGAAAUACAAAGUAAUAUAGUAAUAAAGAAUGCACAGAGUGAACCUGAGGUGAAACCAGAAGUACCAAUGCCUACUAGCAGUACACUGCACCCGACAGUGACGACUUGUAACAAUAACAUCAGUGCCCUGUUAAACGCGGCAGAGACCAUUAACAAAACAGAUAAUCAGUUUUGGAAAACAGAGGCGAAAUCAGUCUCACCGACCGAAGGGACAGAGCUCCCGACAUCAACACCACAAGUGCCAGUGACUGCAACAAAAACUAUCUACAACCCUGUCACUACUGAAGCUAGUAAGCUAAAUUUUACAAACAAACCACCUGACAAUCCGUACGGAGAGCAGAAAAAUCAGAUUCUAUUUAUUCAAAAUAAAAACACAUCUAAUCCCAAAAUGUUGCUGACGAUCCAGCAACAAAACCCACAGGUUUUACUACAAAGAAGUAACUUCGAGUCAAAAAACCUGCAAGCUCCUUCACGACUAUCUGGUCAAAUAAAGAAAAGUAAAGAAGAGCACAUGAACGAGAACGGAACCUCGUCGAAGGUAGUGGCCCUAAAGAGGUUGCACCAAGAGAACUGCGAUGAGAACGAUUUCGAGAAUUUGAUCACAGAGAACCAGAUAUAUGGAAAUAAGAUAGUCGUGAAGGAGAAGUCGGGAACACUUCAAGAACAAGACUUGAAAAAGAAUAAAGACAAACAGACACAAGAAACUAAGAAUGUUGUGUUACAACCAAAUUUUUUAUACUUAAGUAACGUACAAUUUCCUGCCAAUUUAAUGAUGAUUAAAAAUAAUAAAAUCGGUCAAACAGCAGAUUCCAAACCAAAUAAAACCGCUGUCAAUGAGAAUAAAACAAACGAUGCUAAUCAUGUCAGUACUGAAACAAAUAAUAUCAAAAGCAUGAAAACCCAAAACGUGGCAACUAGCAAAGAAAUACAUGUACUCAAAUCAAGUAACAAUGUUUUACAAACGUUAGCAAAUAAAACUAAUAAAACAGAUAUAGUUUUUCAAACAGCCAAUCAAAAAGUUAUAAUGAAUCCUCAAAUAGUAUAUCAAGUCCCGAUGAUUGUAGACCCUGAUAACAAAAUAAACCAACCAUUUAUCAACAGGGAAUAUCCUAAAUUCGUCACGCAAAAUAAGAAAGAGUUUCCUAAGCCCCUCGACACAAGCAAGUCAGAUAAAUUAUUUAUUGCAUGUCCAUACCAAAUGGAUUCUAAAUUACAACCAAAAAUAGUGAUCACAAAUAUUAGACCCAAAAUUACUAAAGUUGAAGAAGUUAGUUCAUUAGAUAUGUAUGAGAAGAGAAGACGCAUACGUCGACUAAAAUACCUAUCUAACCGUGAGACCAAAGAAACACCGAAGUCUGAAAUUAAAAAGGUCCCAGAGAAAGCAGAUAAUCUUAGGAAUAUCAUAACUCCUGACAAAAUGAAAGGAGAAAUUUACAAAGAAUUUGCAAAUACCAAAAUCAGGAUAGAAGAAGACAGCAGCGACAGUGACAGCGAUUACGGAGAAAACGAGCUAAAAGAAUAUAAUGCCAUAAUAUAUGAGUUUAGCAAACCAAACGAAGUUGAGACUGGAAAGAUUGAAUUUUUAGCCAGUUUUCGACUGGCGACUAAAGAUGCUUUUAAAGAAAAGCAACUAGAUCGGGAAGAGCGGAGCUUAAGCCGAGACGCGGUAGCUUCGGCCUACAUCACGGCGGGCCGCCUGGACAGGCUGUGUCGGGAGGAGGCCUUGGAGCCGCCAGCACCGGAUGUAAACGUAGCAGUGCCGCCCCGGGGCCCGGACGAACAACAGAGUACGCAGAAACAGAUGUUCCUCACGCAGUUGCAGCUCACGCAAGUGCCUCCGAAGUAUAAAGAUGGGUAUGAAAAGGCGUGGAAAGUUAUAUUGCAAGAAAGAAAACGCAGAAACGGAACAAUCCAAGGAGACACCGCAAAGAAACGUCGCUCCCAUAACGAAAUAGACCUGGAUCCGGACGGGCAGCUGCAGCUCUUGACCGAGAUCAAGAAAUGUGUCAACGAGAACAACAAUCUCAUUAAAAAGCGAUUGGAUUCCUCCUGUGACGACGGAGAAGGUGAUAUCCACGCGUUAGCAGAAAAGAACUUCUCCGAGCUAGAUAGGCUUUCCAAAAUGGCUGAUAGAAGUGUGAAGCUAUACAGUGGCGUGGACUCUCGCAAACGCGAUCUAAACCCUGGAUUCGACAGUGAGAACAUCCAAAAACCUAUUAAAGUUGAACAGCCGUACUUAAAUUAUCCUAAGAUUAAUAUACCUAAUAUAUCUAAGAUAAUAUCUCUGAAGAGUGUGCCAGAGUCGGCAGCGGGGAAGUCGAGUCAGGCGACGUCAAUGGACGAGCCACCGAGUUCGGCCGCGGGAGUUGGCUUGGAGAGCGAGCGACGCGAGACUGCCUGCCAGGUCGAGGAACCUGCUUGGCCUGGCAUCGAAGCUCUCAUCAGAAAUUAUAAGGAGUUUGAAGCAGCUCGGAAGAAAGAAAUCUCAACACUGCAUCGCCGAAACACACGUCUACGGGUAGAAUGCGCACAGACGACGCGCGCAGCGGCCGCCGAGGCCGAGCGCGCGCGCGCACUCUUAGCCGAGCGGCGGCAGUUAGCGCGCGAGGAGGCCGCCGCGCGCGCGGCGCUUACGAAGCUCGCGCAAGCUGUCGAUGCGAUAAGGAACUACUGCUGACUUUAGUCUGACUACGCUGUCAUACCAUUACCGUACUGUCAUUACGAUUAAUGCUCUAUAUAAACUAUUACCUCCAUCGUGCAAGAAUAUACUUAAACUGUGCUCUACGACCUAAAAGGGCGGUCCGAAAGAAAACAUCAAACCCAAGCUAUGUGCCUCACUUAACGGGCCCACUGAUUACCAUUUCGCCGGACGAUAUCGGCCUGUCAGUUAUUCACAAUUGUCAGCUUUUACGAACAACUGACAGGCCGAUAUCGUCCGGCGAACUGGUAAUCAAUGGGCCCCUUUAGGUAAAUAAUCACCACUAUAUUGACUUAUUGUCACUUUAACAUUUUUCAAAGGUCAUGGUUAGUCCCGUAAUCAAAACAAGAUGGGGUUAAAUCCCAUUUCGAUCACACUUUUCGGUAGAGCACAGUUAGAUGUCAGGAGGGAGUUUGCUUUAAAUCCAAUCAUACGCACGUACAAGCGUGGAAACUUCAGUCAACCAUUGGGUAAUACUAAUAUCCAAUCUCUACCUAUUGAACGAGCACAGCUAACAGCGCGACCUCGAGAGAACGUAUACUUACGUUGUAUGGACGAUCAUCAUACAAAAAGAGAAAACGUUUUUCCACUUCUAAAUAUGUUCCAUUCUUCAUGAUUUUUUUAGUAUGUUACGGCAUAAUGAAAUACUAGGUUUAUAGGUUUUCCUUUUUUCAAAAUUUGCAAAACAAAAAAAAACAUUAUUUUUUCAAAAAAGCGAAACCUAUAAACCUAGAAUAUAUUAUGCUGAAGCGAUCGACAUCAAAAUCAAAGUGAUUUGUUAAGAUUUAUUUAGUGAAAACCGUUUUAUCCCGAAAUGGAAUUUCAUAGAAUAAUUUCCGUUGUUUCGUUAUAUUCGAAAAUCUAUUCUUACCUCUUAAUUGUACUGUUCUUUUUUCUGUGCAACGGGGUUGUUUUAGAUUGAUCUCGUCCCAAAAAACCUACACGAUUUUCCAAACUAGUCUCGGUCCCAAUUAUUUCGAAUAAUCGAUAUUUUACUGUAUUUAAGCAGUCGAAUAAGUGGUUCUUAUAUUUGUUGCCGUGUUUUCUAAUUGUAUAUACAAAUCAAAUGAAAAUUAUCCAAGUAAUAGGUAUGUAAGUUCAAGAAUUAUUAUUUUGAACAGCUUUAACAUCGACACAGACCAGUACGUAAAAAUUAUAAAAUAAUCAUUCUUUAUUAAAAUUUUGUAAGAUUUUGAUUUAAAAACACGUCUAUAGGCGGGUCGGGCGCAGAAAACGCGCGCGCCGCCUCGGCCGAGGCACGUCUACACUGGCCGUUUACUGCGCGAGGAAAUUGCCUCGCGCGUAUUCUCGCUCCGUGUGGGCCGGACCCGCCUAUUAACUUUAACCAACUUAAAACCUUUUUUUUUUGUAUUGUGUAUUGUUAAUUUAGAUUUUAAUUAUCUGUAAAUAAUUAAGUAGGUAUUUAAGUUCUGAGUUCAGAAUUGUAUGUAAAAAAUUAUAUGUAUAACAAAGAAAACUCCAAAGAGUAAAAGUAUAUUUGUAUUUCGGUGAAUUACUUAAAUACAUUGAGGUAAAAGUUGUGUUCGGGACUUGUGUUCUGUUAUCAUAACAUUAUAAAUUAAUUUUGAAAAAACUUCUACAUCUCCCGAAGCAACUAAUAGUGUUUAAGUAUAUUUUUUAUAUUUUGCGAAAUAUAUUAUUUCCAGUGCCUAUUUAUUUGUAAUUAACUAAUUAUAUAAGAUACGUACGGACGUGCAAUAUUUAUUGAAACAUUUAGACGCAAUAAAUAGAUGUAGAAAUUAAAUGAAAAAUAAUAAAGUAUAUGGAGACAAG